GAUACAAUAUUAUCAUUAAUUACAGUUCUAAGACCUUUCACUGAGGCUACUAAUCUAUUAAGAGAUAACAAAUAUGCUACUAUUAGUUUUAUGUAUAGUACAAUUAUAGUAAUUAAACAGGAGCUUUUACUUGAUAGAACCUCAGAUAUUGACUUCGAUUCUUUUAAAGAUAUUUUUGAUGAUAAUAUUAUUUCAAGAAUAAAAUUAGCAUUAUAUAAUGCUAUAGAGUAUUAUUGGGAUGUGUUUAGCAAUGAAGCUAUGCUAGCAAUGCUUUUGGAUCCUCAAUAUAAAUCUCUUUUUUUUAUGUCUGAAUCUUUAAAAAAAAGAACA